AUGGCAAGUGGAAAGCACCUAAAUGGGAAUAGUUUCACUUAUGAUGGAGGAGAGCAUGUGAAACCAGCUUUAAUUAAGCAAUUAAAUUCACAGUAUAGAAGUCGACGUUAUAAUUUUCACAUGCUAUUCAAAAAAUGUGGCUCUAAGGAGGAAGCUCUUGCACAUCGACCAGAAUAUGUGGAAGAAUCAGAUUGGAUUUACCUUUGCGAUUACUAUUGUAGUCCAGAAUUCAAGGCCUUAAGUGAGCGAAAUAAGCUGAAUAGAUCAAAGCAGCAAACUGCCCAUACAGCUGGAACAAAAUCAUUUUUACGUCAUAAGGAUGACCGGGAAGCUAAGGAGGGAAGGACAGUUGGACCAAUUGAACUUUAUGACAUGACACAUUUUUGUCGAAAGAAGAAUGCUAUGGUUGAUGAGACAUCAGCUGAAAAACUGAGCAAAAUGAAGGACUUACAGCUAGAAGCUCAAUCUAGUGGUGUAAAUCGAACCGAAGAAGACAUCUGUAUUGAGGUGACUGGGCGUAUAACUGGAUAUGUACGUGGUCGUGGCCCCUCCAAGGCUAGUUUAAUUACACAAAAACUUGCAGAGAUAGAAGAAUUCAAGAAAAGGGCAGAACAAGCUGAGAAACGAUCAGUUGAAUUGGAAGUUCAAGUCCAAUCUCAACAGCAGCUGAUGCAAAGGCUUGAGAAUCAACAAGCUGAAAUGCAAAACCAGCAGCUUGAAAUGUAG